AUGCAAAAACAUAUUCCAUUGUUAGAAUUUGACAUGAAAACACAAAUGCAAAGUGCUAAUUCAAGUGAUUCAGAUUGUGAAGAAACUAAAGAUACAUUAGAAAAGGGCGUUCUCAGUUAUGAAACCCCUACAAUAUACUUGCGGGUCUCGGGUAACGGAAGAAAUGUCGGGAGAAAAAUAAAGCAUGUGAUGGUGACAUUAGCAGUUCUAAAUGAUCAAAAAAAUAUUUUGAAACCUGAAAGCCAUUACACAAUUUCUCUGUUCUCCGGGACAGAAAAUUAUGCUUCUUUUAAGAUUGCAUUAGAACUAAUUUAUUGCGAAUUGCAUGAACUGUAUGAACAUGAAUUGGCUUUAAAUGAAUGUAAAAAUAAUGGACACUUUGUAGACGAGAUGAGAGAAUUGAUAUGUGAAAAGAUGAGUGUUAUUGGGAUGCUAAGAGAUGGUGGUAAUAAGCAUUUGCAAAAAUCAGCUAUACUAGAAAUAUUAGAAGUAGAAAAUAGAGCACUAUAUUUUUGGAGAUUUGAUAAUGCAUUAGAAUUGCCUAAAUAUAAAAAACUCCAUAUUACUAGUUCUAACAGAAAUGAUAAAAAUCGAAGAAUUGAAAAAUCUUUUUAA